UAGGAAGAUUUUCAGCUGGAUGGUUUUUUUGGGGGUUAUGGGAAAUGAAAUGUGGAAAUCCAUCAGCAAGUUGUGGGGAAUCCAUGUAGCAAACGUUAACUCGCUGCUGCGCACUGUUCACAGGUCCUGGCUUGUUUUGUCAGGACAACAUUCAUCAUCAGGGUGCUCACGGUUUCAAAUUGUGGACAGAUAAAGACUGACUUCAAAAUGAAAUGUGACAGGUUAGCCAUGCCCUUUUUAUUAUCUCAAGGUACUUUUCCUUGAAACAUCCAAUAUCAGGUUGCUCAAAGAUCCAUGGACAAGCCCUGCAUGUGCCAGACAUGCACCCAGGUCUGAUCCUCCUGUGGUGGACCUGCCUCAGAAGCAGGAGUCUUGUGAUUAAAAGGCUGAAACCUGAUGACGCUAAGGUACACACCUGAAAAUAUGUCCCUAGCAUCCACUGCUGGUCAAUAACAUCCAAUAACAUCAACUGGUGGUAGGCACAAAUUUGUGCGGUAGAACAUACAAGGGAUAGUCUCCAUCUUGUCCUAUGUUAAAAAAGGGGAACGUGUAUAGUUUAAAAAGGUAUAGAGGUAAAGAUGUUGAUGCCACAUGGCUUUCUGCCAUACAAGCCAGAAGCCAGUCAGAUUUACCUUUAGCCUCAGUGUACCCUCAAGUUCGGCCUGAAUCGUUGAUUACAAGGGCAAAACACUUGAUGAUGCGAAGGUGCUCAACUGAAGUUAUGUCCCUAACAUCCGCUGGUGGCCGCUAACACCUGCUAACUGGUAGUUGAUAACUUAUUGUGCAGGAGACCUUCAAAUGUACAAGGGAUAUUCACCAUCUUGUCCUAUGUUCUAAAAUACAUUGUAAAGUCUAGACCUAGCUAAAUUAUAGAGAACUCAACAGUUCCACAACGAGCACUUUGGCUGCUAUUGAGAAAAAACUGCCUCGAGCAGUUGGGAUGAGUGGGGGAAAAUGGUGAAGAGAAGAGAGGAGAGUUGGGUGGAAAAGAGGGGAGAGAAGAGAGAAGAGAUAGAGACAGACUGUUUUCUAACCGUCAUAUUUAAGCCAUGAAUCAUAAUUAAUAUUGAUUUGAGUGUAUAUAUCAUCUCAAAUAUUUCUUUGUAGUCGAGAGUCAUUACAUGAAUUACUCUAUUACUGAGGUGAAUGACACUACGUGAUAUACAGUCAAAUAGUUUUGCUCAGUGUUAAGUUUUUUAAAGUUUAUCACUGAGUUAGAGCACAGUUCAAGUGUGAUUGCUAAGCUUAGUUAACCAGCAGACUCUACUUCAGCUCUUAAAUCCUGUUGAUGAAGCUUCUUUCCAACAAUGCAGUUUUCCAGCAGUAUUUUAUUCUCAAAAAUGCAUUAUACCUCAGAUUGUGAUCUUUUGGUGUUUGUCCGCAACCACUAGAGGGUGGCAUUCCCAAGUAUUUAGCCCAUGGCCCAGAUUAUGCUGACACUAUUUUAGCCCGUAAAAAUAUAUAUUUAAAUCUUAGGGACAUACAAGAAUGACUAAUAGAUCAUUACAAAGACAAAUAUUAAUUAAGAAAAUAUAUAAAUUUUUGUUGAUUUAAAAAAUGCCACAGUAGUUCAGUCUGACGAAGAGGCCUUGUGGGUGAGGACAUAUUCAUCAACAGAGGCAGCUGCUUUAAAAACAUCCCAAACCUGAUAGUUAUUCAAAUGUUUGUGUGUGUAUCACUGGCAGAUGUUUUUCUUGAAGUCUUCCUUCAUCACCUUUUAACUGUUUGACAAUAACUUCAUCAAUCAUUGAACUACAGCCAGGUUCAUCACUUUUUUGGGUCCCCUGACCCUGGAAACAUUGCCGUUGUUGUUUUCGCAAUUUGCAACGCGUUUCUGUAUUUGCAUGUAUUGGGACUUUUUUCAGCGCAUGUGUCCUCAAAUUGAUGAAGUUGUUUUCUUACAUUGCACAUGUUUUUCUAUUUGGAUGUGUUUUCUUAAUUUACAGUGCGUUCGGCCACCGUACAUAUGGUAUAUUGUGGCUUCAUUAAAUCCAUGCAGCCCCAUGUGGGACACACAUGUUAAUUAACCUGCAGACUCCAAAUCAGCUCUUUAAUCCUAUCGGCGAAGCUUCUUUACAACUUUGUUUGCAGUUUCUGCAGUGUUUUAUUCUUGAAAACCCGAAGAGUCCAAAUCCCUGACAAUAUUUGCAAAUUUAAAUAGUUACAAAAAUUUCAAGGCUAAUUGCAGGAGCUAAUUUUAAACAGCUUUCAGGCAUUUUUACACUUAAAAAAAGUGUGAGGUUAGUUCCUGUGUUAUCUAUUCUUUAAUUUGAUUCAUAAAUACAUGGUUUUAUUUUUGAAAAGCGCACACAGGAAGUUGUGCUUCCUACUCAUGGGUAGACCAGAACAAGUGCACCCAACAGGUCUGAUCACAUAGUGGUAAAGGGAGUGAUAGAGGAUAAAGUCAAAAAUGAAACUCUAAUCUGAUGUGCUGCUGGUAAAUUCACAGGUCCUCCGUGUGUCAUGAAGAGAGCGCUGUGCUGAACAGUUGAAGUUAUAAGAGACGACCCCAAAAGGACAGCCAGGCCUUCAUCAUUUUUGUGUACGCAUGGUCUAAGGAAGUUCUAAAUUUGUGGAAUACAUCCAGAACUCACACUGCAAAAAGACACAUAACAGUUACUCCUCUCCCACAAUGAGGCUACUGAAACCAGGCAGGUUUCUACUGGUCCUGACAAUCACCAUUGCACUGGGAUCACUAUGGAUCCUCUCCCUACUUACUCGCAGUAAACCAGGCUGGAAUCCCAGCUCCGUUCUCAGGUACAGCUGGUUGGAGUAUACAGACUCUGAUGACAGCCCAGAGAAAGUGUGCAACUGCUCAGCUAUCCUGCAGGGAGAGAGGGAGGCACUGGAGCAGGCCAAAUUACUGACCAUCACCAAAGACUUCCACAAGAGUGUUCACAUCCCUGAUGAACAUUACAUGAAUGCAACCAAAGACUGCAGUGCAUUCAAAUUAAGAAGAAAAUACCUAACAUCUCCGUUGAGCCAUGAAGAAGAGGAGUUCCCCCUGGCAUACUCUAUGGUUGUGCAUCAUAAGGUGCAGAGCUUUGAGCGACUGCUGCGAGCCAUCUACGCACCUCAAAAUAUAUAUUGUGUCCAUGUGGACAAAAAGGCAAAAUCCUCAGUCUUAUUUGCCAUCUGGGCAAUUAUUGACUGCUUCCCGAACAUCUUCAUGGUCAGCCAGCCUGUUGACGUGGUCUAUGCUGCCUGGCCACGUGUCCAGGCUGACCUUAACUGUAUGGCGGAUCUCUAUAACACCAGCACAAAAUGGAAAUACUUCAUCAACCUUUGUGGCCAAGAUUUCCCUCUGAAAACCAACUUGGAGAUUGUAAGGACUCUGCGUUCACUGAAGGGCGGGAACAGCUUAGAGUCAGAAAAAAUGCCUGCAGGAAAAGUGUGGAGAGUGAGAAAUGCACACGAAAUAAUAGAUGGAGGAAUCCAGGGAACAGGAAAGGCAAAGGAGCCUCCUCCCUUCAACAUGCCCAUAAUGUCUGGAAAUGCCUACUUUGUGGUUAGCCGUGGCUACAUCCGCAGUGUGUUGGAGGACGGCCGAGUGCUGGCACUGAUGGAGUGGGCCAAAGACACCUACAGUCCUGAUGAAUUUCUCUGGGCAACCAUUCAGCGAAUGCCCGGAGUUCCUGGCUCAACACGGCCCCACAGCAAAUAUGACAUGUCAGACGUCAAUGCCAUCGCUCGCCUGGUGAAGUGGCAGUGGCACGAGGGGUCGCAGGCUUCACCGGACGCGUUGUACCCAGAGUGUCAAGGCAGCCACGUCAGGGCAAUAUGCGUAUAUGGUGCUGGGGACUUAAAGUGGUUGCUCAAGCAGCAUCAUCUCUUUGCCAACAAGUUUGACAUAGACACAGACCCCGUUGCUGUCUACUGUUUGGAGAAAUAUCUCAGAAAAAGGGCACUGUCUGAGUUACAAUAGAUAUAUUUUAGAUUUUUCAUAGCAACCGAGAAUGGCAUUCAAUUCAAACCUUUAUUAAUACAGGGAAAGGCCAUGGCGCAGCACGUGAUUCAAUUUCAAGAUGUAUUUUAAAUUUGUUUAUAAUUCUAGUGUGAUGAACACAAAUUAAAAUGUUUCAUUAGUGGCACUAUAUUAUUCAGUCGUAUUACGGUUAUUCGAGCAAUUUAUCAGUGUUACGAUCAAAAAUCCUGCAGUGGCGGACUGCACAUCGGUAGCACCUGGACAUUUCCCAGUGGCCUGAUGGUCGCUCUGGCUUUCCUUGACCAGCGAUAAUAUAGCAAGCAGGACCACCAACGUAAUCACGUCUCUCUGCGAUGCACACAGCAGCCAAAGAUAUUAAUAUUCAUAAUAAUAAUUGUGAAAAGGGAGCUUUCUCCCCCUUUUUCACUAGGCGCUGUCUCCCUAUAUUAAAACAUUUGGUCAUUUGAUUAUUAUUAGAAUUUUGAUUAUCAAUUAGAUUAUGUAGAUAAUCUGGUUUUGAGUUGUGUGUUGAAUUAUUUUACAGCAUGUAUGUGUUGACAGUUUAUUUUGUUAUGUCUGUGAUGUUGCUCUGUUUGAUUGUUGUUUUUCCAGAUCUGUGCAUGGGGUCAGAUCAGCAGGUCGAUCAGGGAGAGGUGUGUAGGAUCAGGUCUCUGAGAAAGGAGGGGCUGGGCAGACUCAAGGUGACAGAGAAUGGGUGACGUGUGCUGCAUUAGAUGACAUUUCAGUCAACCUAUUGCAUUUAUCUGCUGUAUUCUUGCAGAUAGGUUGAAUUGAUAGGUCAGCAGUAGCACAUAGUCCAAACUGGGUCUUGUCUUGAGUGUGAAACCUGUGUUCCAUGCAGGUGAGGCUAUAAAGCAAAAUGCCAGUCAGUAGUGAGGGGGGGAGAGGAGUUGGCAGCUUUUUCUUUCUUUAGUAUGAUUUAGUUUUUUUUGCAUUUCCCAGGGAUAUUUUUGUAGAACCUUUUUGUUAAUGAACUACUUUUCCUUCCAGGGAAAGGCUCUCCCACCCACGACCUGACCAUUACCUUUGACAACUCUGUGUUAUCCCCCACCCAGACUGCUAGGAACCUGGGUGUGACACUGGACAGUCAACUCUCCCUUACUGCCAACAUUACUGCAACAACACGUUCCUGUAGAUCAGGGGUGUCCAAACUACGGCCCGCGGGCCAACUGCGGCCCGCCAUCCAUUUUUAAUUGGCCCGUAUCAAAGUCUAAAAAUAUAAUGGACUAUGGCCCACUGUAUUGCACUUCUUAGUUUAAACACUAGGUGGCGCUAUUGUCUUGAACAAGGCAGCGUCUCCACAAAGCAAGCAAUCGAAGAAAAAAUUUGCUCAGCGUCACCAGAAAUGCCGGAACCGAAGAGACGCAAGAUUGCAAGCGAGUGCAGAAAAUGUCAGACUCGGUGGAAAAAUGAAUAUUUUUUCAUAGAAACCAAGGGGAAGUGUGUUUGUUUGAUUUGCAAUGAGAGUGUUGCCGUGAUGAAAGAGUACAAUGUACGACGGCAUUAUGAAACGAAACAUCAGACCUUCACGUCCUACACUGGCGCCGAGCGGAAAGAGAAGGUAAAGCAAAUGGCAGCUAGCCUGCUAACGCAGCAACAGUUUUUCCGUGCUAACAAAGCUCAAGAAAAUGCAACAAUAGCCAGUUAUGAAGUAUAUCCGUGCGAAGCUCCGUCUCUUCGAGUCACAACUGCGCAACUUCAAUGUAGC